AUGUUUACCAAAAUUCUGUUGAUUUGUCUUUUGGCGGCUAUUUCGGUUAUAACUGUAAAUGCCGAAAAAAAAUAUAGCAACCAAAGCGAACUCAUAGAUGACAUGUUAGAUAACGUGUUUACUUGUAUGCAACAACUGGACGUAAAUCCUGACGUUUGCGGUGAAUUGUUAUUGAAGGACAAAGAUCACAGUGAUAAGAAGUACGAUAACUGCAAGUGCCUCGGACCAUGCGUGGCGAAGAAAAUGGGAACGAUGAACACUGAUACCGGCAAGUGGAAUUGGGCCAGAUUUAAAGAGUUGGCGGAAUUGAUGGAAAACGACAUGCUCAGGAACGAGUCGAACAUAAUGCAAGCGCACUGCAUAGACGAAGUGAACACUCACUGUACAGCCGGUUACGUCUUCAUGAAAUGCGUCUUGCAGAAUUCCCCGAUGGCUCAAGAUAUGGUCAAAAACUAUUUGUCCACGAAAGAAAACACGCCAAACGAAGACGAUGCCGCAAAAUAA